AUGUUCAACGGGGAGCUUGGCAACCCUCGCGAACAAACCGCGAGAAUGCAUGCGCCGAAACAUGCCUCUGUGCUUGAUGGCGAGGAUGAGCUACGAGCGGCGAAUGCCAGGAUGGGACCCCGCGAGAGCGCGAGCAGCUCUGGUCAGCGGGAUCUCUUUCAGGAAUGGUCGAGCAUGCGCAUGCAUCAGAUCAAGGAUGUGGUGGCUUGGGAAUUGGACAGGCUGACGCAGGACCUGCAUGAGCAGGUUUUCGGUUCCAAACACCCGUUUUCCAACCUGCUGGGGCCGGCGAACAGGCACUCUCGUGCCCCGAGAGUGAGCGAGCUAGCGGCCGAGCUGGCUCCGCCACUCUUUGACACUGGAGUCCCUGGAGAUCCCCAUCUCAGCACGAAGCUGGAGUCGAGCGCGUCUUCGACUGAUGGUGCCCUCAAACCCAAACGCCACUCGAACAGGAAGCAGACGCCGCAUGCAGGGACCCUGCUCCUGGAGGAGGUCCCCUCUGAGUCGAAUUCCGAAGCCUCGCCUGGGAUUCGAGAGAAGGAUUUUGGCCCAUCAGUGGAGUCCAAGCGCAUGCAAGGCUCUCUCCGCUCGAAGACUUCUCAGACGACGGAGGCUUUGGAAGCAGUUUCCCACGGCAGUCGACCAUCCGAGGACAUUGACAUCAAAGUCGUUUCUGACGGCGCAGAUGAUGUGUCAAGUGGCGUUGGCAGUCCGUCGAUGGUCAAGCAAAAGACCAAAACGUUGAGGCCGGCCAUAUACAAGCCUCAGACGCGACUUGGCCGUCUCGUCCAGAAUCAGUUCUUCGACAUCUUCUACAGCCUGUGCAUCCUCGUCAACUGCUUUACGAUGGGCCUUCAAGCAGACAUGUUGGUCAAUGAAGAGGAGUAUUCUGAUGGCAUUGUCCUCACUGUGAGGAUAAUAGAGCAUACGCUUGUUGCACUCUUCACCUUCGAGAUUUAUGCGCGACUGCGUGUAUAUGGUCGAUGGUAUUUUUCGCUGACUAGAUUGGAAGGUUGGAUGAACUUCCUUGACGCGGUCAUCGUGGUACUCUCUGGCGUACUCUCUGGCUGGAUUCUGCCUUUAGUGUUCCUGCUUACGGGGCAGGUGGACUUCUAUGCAGGAGAGAUGCGGAUGCUUUCUGUCUUCCGAGCUCUGAGAUUGCUGAGAAUAGUCCGCGUCAUCCAGCAAAUGCCGAUGUUUAGAGAAGUGUGGCUCCUCUUGAGAGGGUUGACGAGCUCCCUGCGCACUUUAAUUUGGACGGUGGCAGUUAUUUUCGUGCUGACGUACAUUUUUGCCAUUCUGGGCUGCUGGCUCAUCAGCAACGAGAUCAGAGGAAUGCGAGACCCCGUGGCUUUCGCCAUGCUGGACCAGGAAAGACAGGAGCAGCUGGAGCCGACAUAUAGGAUGGUGCAGGGCAUCGCUCCGCUGAUGCAGCUUCUUAUCCAGUUCUUAACGCUUGACUCAUGGAACGCCAAGAUGGAACAGAUCAUGCUGUUCACGCCGACAUGUUUGGUAUAUUUCUAUAUGUAUAUUGCUGUGGCAGUUUUCGUGUUAAUGAACCUCGUGACGGCCAUCAUUGUGGAAAACGCUAUGUCUGCCUCCAGAAUGGACGAGGACCAGCGGUUGAAGCAGAUGGAAGAAGUCAAGCGCAAAGAGCUCAAAGAGCUUGAGCAACUUUUCUAUCUGAUGGAUGCAGAUGGAGAUGGCACCUUGGAUUGGGAGGAGUUCGAGAAUGCUUUCCAUGACGAGGAGAUGAGCCGGAAAUGGCGCCUGCUGGAUUUCCAGCCCGAAGAAUGCAAGGAACUCUUCGAUCUUCUCGAUGACGGUGAUGGUGGUAUUGAGACCAAAGAGUUUUUCCAUGGUCUGGCACGCAUGAAGGGAGGUGCGCAGUCAAGAGACCUUAUGCGAGUUGCACAAAGAGUUGACAGGUUGGGCAAAGACUUAUCCAACCUGUAUGCCGUUGUGCAGAGUUCUGCCUGGGACAAUGCUUCGGCUGCUUCUGAUGCUGACAGAG